AUAAAAUUAAAAUGAGAUAUAGAUCUAGAAUCUACUCUGAGAUAUACUAUAGAUAGAUCUAGAUCUAGAUCUAAGUGUUCAAUUAUAAGAAGCAGGGCAGCAUGGGAGAGGCAACAGGUGAUUUAGAUAUACAGUCAGAUGAAUUAACAGCAUUUUCAUAUUCUGAAGAUGUGAAGCUAGAGCCAUCUACAGUAUUUUCAUCUUCUGCUGACAUAAAAACAGAAUUAUCAACACUUUUGACUUUCCAUGAUAUGAAACCAAACAUGGCAUCGAUAACUUCACAGGAUUUGAAAACCGAUGAUACGCCAGAGUUAUUAUUUUCUAAAGAAACAAAAACAGAAUAUACAUUUUCAUCUUUUGAUGAUGUAAAACACAAUAUGACAUUAGUAACUUCUCAAGAUGUAGCAACAGGAUGUACAAGAUCUGAAGAUAUAAAAUCAGAAUUAGCAAUGUUAUCAACUAGUAAAGAUAUAAAAUCAGAAUUAGCAAUGUUAUCAACUCGUGAAAAUAUAAAACCAGAUUUAUGGACAAAAUUUGUAGAUUUUGAGGACAAACAACAAAAUGGACUAGAGGAAGAGCUUAAACUUUCUGAACAAAAAACACAUCUGUUUGUUGAUGGUCAAGAACAGUUUUUUCAAAGCUUUAACUUGAAUAAACAUAAACAAGCUCAAGUAGGGGAAAAGCCUCUUGAAUGUGAUGUUUGCCAUAAAAGGUUUUCAGACCGUUCUAGUUUAAGUAAACAUAAAAAAGUUCAUUCUGGAGAUAAGCCUCAUGAAUGUGAUGUUUGUCAUAAAAAGUUUUCUUACAGUUCUCAUUUAUAUACACACAAAAGAGUUCAUUCAGAAGAUAAACCAUUUGAAUGUGAAGUUUGCUAUAAAAGGUUUUCAGAUAGUUUUAUGUUAAGUAAACAUAAGAAAGUUCAUUCAGAAGAUAAUCCAAAUGUAUGUGAUGUUUGUCAUAAAAAGUUUUCCAACAGUUCUUCUCUAAGCAAACACAAAAAAAUUCAUUUAGUUAUUAAGCCUAAUGAAUGUGAUGUUUGUCAUAAAAAGUUUUCAUACAGUUCUGCUCUAAGCAACCACAAAAAAAAUCAUUUUGUAGUUAAGCAUUAUGAAUGUGAUGUUUGUCAUAAAAAGUUUUCCAACAGUUCAACUCUAAGCAAACACAAAAAAACUCAUUUAGUAGUUAAGCCUUAUGAAUGCGAUCUUUGUCACAAAAAGUUUUCAUACAAUUCUACUCUAAGCAUACACAAAAAAAUUCAUUCAGGGGUUAAGCCUUAUGAAUGUGAUGUUUGUCACAAAACGUUUUUACACAGUUCUAAUUUUAUUAGACACAAAAGAGUUCAUUCAGGAGAUAAACCAAAUGAAUGUGAUGUUUGUCAUAAAAAGUUUUCAUACAGUUUUACUCUAAGCGAACACAAAAAAAUUCAUUUAGGGGUUAAGCCUUAUGAAUGUGAUGUUUGUCACAAAACGUUUUUACACAGUUCUAAUUUUAAUAGACACAAAAGAGUUCAUUCAGGGGAUAAUCCAAAUGAGUGUGAUGUUUGUCAUAAAAAGUUUUUUUCAUACAGUUCUGCUCUAAGCAAACACAAAAGAAUUCAUUUAGGGGUUAAGCCUUAUGAAUGUGAUCUUUGUCACAAAAGGUUUUCAGACAGUUCUAAUUUUAAUAGACACAAAAGACUUCAUUUAAGAGAUAAUCCAAAUGAAUGUGAUGUUUGUCAUAAAAAGUUUUCAUACAGUUCUGCUCUAAGCAAACACAAAAAAAAUCAUUUAGUAGUUAAGCAUUAUGAAUGUGAUGUUUGUCAUAAAAAGUUUUCAAACAGUUCUACUCUAAGGAAACACAAAAUAAUUCAUUUAGUAGUUAAGCCUUUUGAAUGUGAUCUUUGUCAUAAAAAGUUUUCACAAAGUUCUACUCUAAGUGUACACAAAAAAAUUCAUUUAGAGUUUAUGCCUUAUGAAUGUGAUCUUUGUCACAAAAGGUUUUCAGACCGUUCUAAUUUUAUUAGACACAAAAGAGUUCAUUCAGGAGAUAAUCCAAAUGAAUGUGAUGUUUGUCAUAAAAAGAUUUCAUACAGUUCUGCUCUAAGCAAACACAAAAAAAUUCAUUUUGUAGUUAAAGCCUUAUAAAUGUGAUGUUUGUCAUAAAAAGUUGUCAUGCAGUUCUGCUCUAAGCAAACACAAAUAAAAUCAUUUAGUAGUUAAGCAUUAUGAAUGUGAUCUUUGUCAUAAAAAGUCAUUACAGACUUCUUGCUUAAGUAAGCACACAAAAAAUCAUACAGGAGAUAAAUUCUAUAAAUCUGAUGUUGCUGAUGAACAUUUUACCCAUAAGAGUGUAUGACAUUUUUUUAAAUUGUUGAAGCACUAAUAGAAUAGACAUUUUAAUCCCCAAUUCAUUCAUAAUAUGUAUAUAUUAAAAAUAGGAUAGCAUUUUUGUAUAUAUGCAAAUACAGCUAAAUUAAUGUUCAUUGCAUGCAUUUAAAUGAACAUAAAAGAUAAUAGCAGACUAUUAUUAAUAAAUUAUAAUAGUAAAAUUACCCAAUUUAGACCAUCCUUGUGGCUGAGCAUUUAUAGUUGAUCUUUUUCUUUAAUCUCAGUCUGAGAAGAGUAAGUGGGGCCAUUGCCUAAAACAACUAUCACUAUCAGUUUCUGGUGCUUGACACUAUCCCACUUUCUUUUCUAUUUGCAAACAGUACCACCCUAUACAAGUUGCAAAUUAAAAGGCCUUAAAGAGACUAAAGCUGUAAUGGUUAUGUUUGACGUUUUGGUAUUCUAUUUCUAGCAUAAUUUAUGCUUUGUUGUGUUUACAUGUUUUUUUUUUUAUUUUUAAAAACACUUUAAUGAAAAUGUUAAUGUAGU